UUCCCCUUAUAUAGGGUUUUGGGUUGUCGCAGAUGCAACGACCUUCGGCGAGGUCGUUGAUGUCCAUUUUAAUUCUGGGACGGACUGCCGACCGCGUUUGAUCGUGCGCCGGGUUCGAAGCGUCUCCCUUGAGUGGGGAGGCGUGUAGCAGAGUACCUUUGGAGUGUAGCUUCUUGCGAGCACGUGAUCGACUCUGAUUUGCUGUUCAGAGGAGUGGUUCAGAGGUCAUAAUAAAGGACUUCUGGAAGUGAAGUUUGAGGCCCAAAGAGGCUUUCAACGGCAUGGCUGCUCAAGUUGUGGAAGAACCACCAGUAGUGGAUGCAGCGAAGGCUGAGAAACUGAAGGCAGCUGCUAAUGCUGCAUUCCAGGCAAACAAAUUUUCCUCUGCAAUAGAACUGUACAGUCAAGCUAUUGAUCUAAAUUCUCAGAAUGCCGUGUAUUGGGCCAAUCGCGCUUUUGCCCAUACGAAGAUGGAGUCGUAUGGGAGUGCUAUAGAGGAUGCUACAAAGGCUAUCGAAAUCGACCCUAAAUAUUCAAAGGGAUACUACAGAAGAGGAGCUGCUUACCUGGCUUUGUUAAAAUUCAAGGAAGCUUUUAAAGAUUUUCGGCAGGUCCAAAGGAUGGUGCCCAAUGAUCCAGAUGCAAUCAAGAAGCUUAGGGAAUGUGAAAAAGCUAUUACUAAAAUCAAAUUUGAGGAAGCAAUUGCCAUUAAGGAUGAAGAAAUUCAUUCUAUUGCUGAGACUUUGGACUAUCAUACUAUAGAGGUGGAGAAGUCUUACCAAGGGGCUAGAAUAGAAGACGAUAAAAUUUCGCUGGAUUUUGUGAAAAAAAUGAUGGAUGACUUCAAGCAACAGCGCUCCGUUCAUUCCAGGUACGCCUUUCAGAUACUCAUGCAAACGCGAGAGAUUUUGUUAGCAACGCCUACUUUGGUUCACAUAACGGUUCCUGACAGAGGACAUUUUACUGUUUGUGGUGAUAUUCAUGGACAGUACUAUGACUUGCUGAACAUUUUCAAGCUUAAUGGUCUCCCCUCGGAAGAGAAUCCUUAUCUCUUUAAUGGCGACUUUGUUGAUCGUGGCUCAUUUUCGGUGGAAGUUAUUCUUACUUUGUUUGCGCUCAAAUGUCUCUAUCCUACAGGACUGUACCUUUCCAGAGGUAAUCAUGAAAGUAAGAGCAUGAACAAAAUAUAUGGUUUUGAAGGAGAAGUCAACGCGAAGUUCAAUGAGACUAUGACGAAGCUAUUUGCCGAGAUUUUUUGCUACUUGCCGUUGGCGAAUGUUCUGAAUAACAAAGUAUUCGUAGUCCAUGGAGGGCUCUUCAGUAACGAUAGUGUGAAGUUAUCUGAUAUAGCUGCAAUUGAACGGUUUAGGGAGCCUCCUGAUGAAGGUUUAAUGUGUGAGCUACUGUGGAGUGAUCCUCAUCCUGGCACGGGACGUGCACCUAGCAAACGCGGUGUUGGUGUUGCGUUUGGAUCAGAUGUCACUCACCGUUUCUUGGAAGACAACAAUUUAGAGCUAGUGGUGCGGUCCCAUGAGGUCAAGGAUGAGGGCUAUGAAGUGGACCAUGGCGGCAAACUCAUUACUGUCUUCUCUGCACCAAAUUACUGUGAUCAGAUGGGUAAUAAAGGAGCUUUUAUCCGAUUUGGGGCGCCAGAUAUGAAGCCUGAGUUCACGAAGUUUGGUUCAGUGUGGCAUCCAAACGUGAGACCUAUGCAAUAUGCGAACAACUUUUUUAAUUUUCUGGGUUAGAGGUGAUAUUUUAUUUAAUAUAGAACUUGGUUUCUCUAUGAUAUUUUCUGGUUCUGCAGAAUGUUGCUUUGGUCUUCA